AUGCCUUCAUCAGCAUCAGCACCUGCCCCAGCAUCUUCAUCUUCAUCAUCUUUCCACACCUCCUGGCAGUCUACCUAUCCUUGGACCGAGACCCCGCUUGUAGCAUCGGCUCCUAUGCUUAACAUCGCUAUGCCUUCGCUCGCCGUGUCGGUCUCGUCCGCCGGGGGCAUAGGGUUUCUCGCUGCAGGGUACGACGUUUCCAACUUAGAGCGCAACCUCCAGGAGGCAGUGCAUCUCGUAGAACGGACAGACACACCGAUCCGAUCAGUUUUUCAUAGCACCGGCACUCUACCCAUCGGGGUCGGUUUUCUUACGUGGGGCGCGGACCUCGAAAUGUCGGUUGUCACUAUCAAGCGAUAUAGGCCGUGCGCCGUGUGGCUCUUUGGCCCUCAGACCCAUCCCUCAGACCUGAUUCCUUGGGUGAACGGAGUGCGCGCCGCCACCUACGGAAGGACCAAGGUCUGGAUUCAGGUGGGCUCGGUCGCGGAAGCGGCGGCCGCGGCAGAGGCCCUCCGUCCGGAUGUACUGGUCGUUCAGGGCGCGGACGCUGGUGGUCAUGGUCUGGCCCAUUCAGCUUCCGUCCUCACCCUAGUCCCUGAGGUAUGCGACGCCCUCAAAGAACGCCGGAAGAGUGAGAUCGCCGUGGUGGCGGCGGGCGGGAUCGCCGACGGGCGAGGUAUCGCUGCCUCUUUGGCUUUGGGCUCGACUGGAGUCGUCAUGGGCACGCGCUUCUUGGCUUCGGUGGAGGCGAGUAUCGCCCGGGGCUACCAGGACGAGAUCCUGCGAGCGUCCGACGGAGGGGUCAGCACUGUCCGUUCUACGGUAUACGAUCGGGUGAGAGGGAUCAAGGGCUGGCCGAGAAGAUAUGAUGGGCGCGGCGUAAUCAAUCGAAGCUACACAGAUGCUACGGAAUGUGGCAUGAAUGAUGAAGAGAACCGCAGUUUGUAUAAAGGAGAGUUGGAGAAGGGCGAUUCGGGAUGGGGUCCGCGGGGGCGGUUGACCACCUACGCCGGCAGUGGAGUUGGGCUUGUAAAAGCGACGCUGCCCGCGGCAAAGAUCCUGGAUCAAGUACGACUGGAGGCAAGGGACGCGAUUCAACGACUUGCAGGGUCAUGA